AUGCAGAGAGGUGCGCACCCAGGCAAUACGUCGCUUAUGAGUGGGUGGGAGCGCCCAUCAGUUCGUAUGGAGUCCGCAUUUCAUCCGCCACCCCGGACAAUUCUCUAUGACGAAUUGCAAACCGUCGUCUGCGUGCCAGAGGAAUGGCUGACUGGCGCCUCUGUCGUCAAUGUUUGGCUUGUUAUGACCUCUACUGCGUACUAUGGAUACUUGAGGUACGUGGGCCAACUUGCGAGGCCGAGGUCCGAAUACUUCGACAGUACUUCCGAUGUACCCCGUGGGCGAGAAAGUGGUGCUCCGGUUCUACCACCCAAGUCCCCUUGUGGCUCCGCUGAGGUAUUGACCAUGUCAACUUAA